CGCCACGAUGUCCGCCACCCACUUCAACCGGGGCCCUGCCUAUGGCAUGUCGGCCGAGGUCAAGAGCAAGUUAGCUCAGAAAUAUGACCCCCAGAGGGAGCAGGAACUGCGGCAAUGGAUCGAGGAAACAACGGGGAAGCGUAUCGGAGAAAACUUCAUGGAAAGUCUGAAAGACGGAGUCAUCCUAUGCGAGCUCAUCAACAAACUCCAACCUGGUUCUGUGCGGAAGGUGAAUGAGUCCACCCAGAACUGGCACCAGCUAGAGAACAUCGGCAACUUCAUCAAGGCCAUCACAAGAUAUGGGGUGAGGCCCCACGACAUCUUUGAAGCCAACGACCUCUUUGAGAACACGAACUACACCCAAGUGCAAUCUACCCUCAUCGCUCUCGCCAGCAUGGCCAAGACCAAAGGCAACAAGGUGAACAUGGGGGUGAAAUAUGCUGAGAAGCAUCAGCGCAGAUUCCAACCGGAGAAGUUGAAAGAAGGACGCAACAUCAUUGGACUGCAGAUGGGUACCAACAAGUUUGCCAGCCAGCAAGGCAUGACUGCAUACGGCACUCGCCGGCACCUCUAUGAUCCCAAGUUGGGCACGGAUCAGCCUCUAGAUCAAGCCACCAUUAGCCUACAAAUGGGCACCAACAAAGGAGCCAGCCAGGCUGGCAUGACUGCUCCAGGAACCAAGCGGCAGAUCUUUGAGCCUGCAUUGGGCAUGGAGCAUUGCGACACCCAGAACAUCUCUCUGCAGAUGGGAAGCAACCGAGGGGCCUCCCAGCAGGGCAUGACUGUGUACGGGCUGCCUCGGCAGGUCUACGACUCCAAGUAUUGCCUCACCCCCAACUACCCCAUCAUCGGAGAGGAGGACCAGUACAACCACAGCCAACACAACUUCUACAACUCAGAAUAGCCGGUCAGGAACGAGGGACAGAAUCACA